CGAAGCGUCGUACAGUCAGUGCCUAAUCCAGACACCUCAGUAUAGCCCCCAGAAGAUUGGCUCCACAGAAAAACAAUAUGGCGUCUGUUCGACAAGCAGAUACCGCAUUGUGGCUUCAUAACAAGUUAUCAUCGGACGAUUCUUGGUCUGGCAGCAGUUUGCGUUCGCUUCUGACUCACGAUGUACUUCGUAAUAUUCCAGAAUGCUUUCAUAGGCUGGAAACGCAGGUGAAAGUUAAACUGUUGAUGGCCUUUCUUCACCUCCCUCGUCGUGUUAUCGAAGAAACUACCGCCGAAAUGAGCGAAAUUUUCGAGAUUGGAAGCCACGACGAAGAUGAAUGGGUCCGUGUUUUAUCAGAGAUUCUUAAAUACUACCCCAGUACGGGAAUGCUGAACGUUAACCUCGAUGAAGUUAGUCCCGUGUUUGCAGAGGUGACUCAGGAAAUAAAAAAGACAAGUAAGCCAGCCAGGCAAAGUCAAAGUCAAAGUUUUUAUGAUCAUACAGUGGAAAAAUAGAGGGAGUUAGUUCAAUAAGAUUUUCGUACAGCUCCAUAUAUUUUUUAAGCAUUUAUACAUAUUUGGGCUCUAUCCAUAUUCGUUAUUUGUGUGAAAUAGUAUGAAUGGCUGCAUAUUAAUUAAAUACAAGCCAAAAUAUGGUUUUUCAAUUUUAUUUUACUUUUCUUUGUUUGAAACUCAUUAUCUUACAUUAGCAUACCUACAAACAAAGGAAAAUAUAAUUAGAAUCGAGGAUAAAAUUGAACCACAGCAUGUUAUGUACAACUAGCUGGGGCUGUAAAAUGAAAUCUUUAUCCUGAUUUAAUGUUGUUUGAUAGACUGCCUUAGGGAUGUUCAAUUUUUUAUCUGCAACUAACCCCCCCCCACCCCCCACAGUCUCUGCUGUCCUUAAGGGGACUCAGAUUUUUUCUUCAAGGCCAACAAAAUUUGGACCCUUCUGACAAUUUUUUCAAAGGUGAGGAUUUUGAUUCCAGUCAUCUUCCUAAUGGGGCAAGGAGUAGAUAGAAAAUGGAAUGUCCCCUUAUAAAGUAAAAAUGACAACCGGCUUUUGCUUCCCAUUGGCUUAUGGGAUUUGAACUACCUAAAAUGGGAUUGAUCACAGUGAACACACUUUUGUCAAUGGGUAUAGGAUUUGAAGCAGACUUUGAAUUAAGGACACUUUGGUUUUAAUAGAAUUAAUUUGCAAAUUUCUUCUAGUAUCCUACGUGUACAUGUCGGUCAAUCAUAACUGCAAACAUAAAUCUACCUGAUAUUCUUUUGUAUUUGUUGCCAUGUCUUCCUACAUUUUUUUUUGGCAUUUUUUUGUAAUUAUUGUAAUCGUGUGGUAAAUAAAUAAAUACAAAAAUACAAAUACAUUCAUUUAUUUUCCUUUUUUUUUGUAGUGGCAAACCUUCCAGAUAGCGGAUCAAGUUUUCUUCCCUUGGAAUGCUUAUAUUUAAAUAGGUCUGCACUUGUUGCCAUGGUUGGUCCACAGCCCCCACUCUCUAAACACUUCACACUCAAAAGAAAACCCAAAUCUGCUGCCCUUAGAGCAGAGCUCACACAAAAAGGUAUUUUUUGGUUGUUGAUAAAUAACUGAAAACACAGCUACUUUCUGGAAUUACUGGUAUUAUUUUAUGCAGCUAUGGCUAAAGAGGCUGUACAAUACUACAAAAUAAUGAUCGCCAGACCACAAAUGAUCCCCAGACCACAAAUGAUCCUUAACCAAAAAUGUUCUUUUUAUUAAAUAACAUUUAUCCUGAAAGUGAACAAACGAGUUUUUUGUUCGAACUGCUGUAAUGUUUGUCUUUUGUUUUGUUUUUUCAUGAAGCCAGUGAAGCAGUAUCUGCUCAGAAAAAGGGAAUCGUUGGUUCUGGAAACAAGCUUCAGUCUCCAUCAAAGAAGUUUGAAGCUCCUGGUUAGUGGAUUGGCUUUUUUUUAAAAUUCCAAACAAUAUCCUCCAAACUUUUCUUUAACUGCUAUAUAUACACUGUGCCUCAACAUGCAAUGCCAUUGUAGGAAGAAUGUAUUGAUAAUUGUCAUUAUUGCAAUCCACGCUUUAAAGGAUUUAAACAUGGAAUCAGCUCUGCCAUGUUGUCUAAAACAAAGGAGAUUUUUAAUAAGCAAAAUCCUAACACGGUCGUUCCGUGUUAACUCCUGCUUCUUUUGUCUUACCGUGUGGACAUGUGUGCGCGUGUCAUCACCAAAGUGGCUAAAAUCCUGUGGAGGAUCACAUUUGCAUGAAGAGGCAUGUUUGGAUCUUUUGCUUUACCACUUGUGCAGGAGACUCAAACCUUUACAGUUACCUUACCAGUAGACUUGUAAAUAAAAUGAACAAAGCGAACUUUGUCUUAAGGGCUCAGUUACUUUAUUGUUGUCCACAUACUUGAAUGGAAAAAAGGGUACUUGAUUAUUUUUUUCAGUUUAAUACCUAGUACCCUUUUUCAAUAUCUCGGGACUUUCAUUAGUGUCUUGGGCCGGGGAUUUUCCCUGGCUACAAGGAAAUUGAACCCUUGCUACUUUCAUGGGAAAAUAGCAGAAAAUAGAACCAACAGAAAUCUCUCGCUGUUUGAUCCCCAGUGACCACACUGUACAUCUUGUACAUGUAUUUAUCUGGCAACUUAAGAGUUAAGUAACAACUAUGUGCUGCCUUUACAGUCAUUUAAUUCUUUGAAUCAUAGUUUCUCCAAUGCAAGACAGUACUUAAACACUGUGUUCCAAUUAUUAUAGUUUUCUGUCACUUGUUUUGGUCAUUAAUUUUUUUCUUGCCUGAGAUCUAACUUUUCUUUGUCUAAUGGAUCCUUCUAAUUUCAUAGUAAGGGUUACUCCGAGAACAUCUAACCCCGCAAGUUAUCGUCCUGUGCUGGCAAAUAGAGCUACUUCAUCGAGCAGUUCAUCAAGGAGUAUUAUCUCUGCUGCAACACUUAAACACCAUGGACGAACUAAGGUAUUAUCAUCUGUGAUUAGUGCUUUGAUUAUGUAACAAUAUAAUGCUUAAUUUUAAACCAAGUGCUUCCGGGUAUGGGUCAGUGUAUUAUGGGAUAAAUGACAGGAAACCCACAUAGUUAGAAGAGGGAACAGAGAUUUACAAGAUCCUCAAGUUGGUGUUUAUGAGGUACAUGUAGAUCUCCAAAAUUUGCUGAGAAACAUUUGUAUGUCCAGAAAAUAAUACAACUGUUAGUAAAUUGUCAAUUGUUUAAUAGCUACAUGUAUGUGUUGUUCAAUAUUGGCCCAAUUAACACCAAAACUGAUUAAUAUUAUUAUACACAUAUAUAAAACUCUAUGUUCUCUUUUUGACUUUGUUGGUCUUAUGUUAAUAAUCCCAAAAUACUCGGACUAGUACCCAGCCCCCUCAGUUUGAAACCAGGCAGUGGCUGAUAAAAAGCGCUGAUUUCUCAGAAUAAAAUAGUGAAGUACUUAUGUGUUACUACAAUGUACUCAAACAAGCUGACCACUUCACAUUUGUUUUAAAUCCCCAUGUCAUUUCCACUUCAGAAAAAAAAAGACUGCAUACAAUUUGCAGUGAUGAGUUUAACACAUCAUCUUAAUCCAAUCAUUCAAAGAGUAUUGUAGCAAUGUCAGAAGCCAUAGGAGAAACGACUAUCCAAGUUAUGACUAUAUAUCCAACUUUAUUAAUAAUAAUAUUUAUUUAUGAGUCAACAAAACCAGCUGUGUUGUAAUCUGCCAGAUGAUGAUUCUCCUGUAGGCAUAAAACACAAAUUUCAUUAGAUGCUCUCUAUAAUACCUGAGUGCAUAAAAAUCCAUCCAUAAAUUUUUUGUUUUUGUUUUGUUUUGUUGUAGUGGUUUGUUUGUUUGUUUGUUUGUUUUUCGCUUUGUUUUGGUUUGUUUUGUUUCUUUAAUAUUGCUGAAUUUUUUUCUUUUUGUCGCAUGAACUUUCCCUAGCUUUUAGACAUAACUUUUUUUUUUGCUUUGUUUUGUUUUUAUUGCUGAGAAUUAUUGUUUCUUACCUCACUGGAGAUUUUUUUUUCAUGUGAACUUUCCCCAGCUUUUAGACAUAACUGAGCAGCCAAUUGGAGGUGGACGAGAACUUAAGAGAAGAAAGAAAUUAGCAGGUGAGAAGAAGCCAUCUGGUCAAAAAUAAGUUGUGAGUUAAUGGGUAUCAGCUGAAAUAUUUAAGCAAAAGGUUCUCUUUAAUUAUCCAAAUUCAUGGGCGCUUUCCAUUUAGGAAAAAAACCCGGAAAUUUCGGUGGUAGCAAAAGUGGAAUUUCCGAUUGGUAAAAAGUUGUUCCAUUUGGUCGUAAACCCCGGUACGUAACGGUGCCCGACCGUGGACCUGGAACUGGUACAAACUACGAGAAACAUAAAUGGAACACGACAUUCGAUUCGGAAAUUCCAACCGGGAAAACGGGCCCACCUUUUUAGAUUUUCCACUUUUUCUGGGAAUUUUCCAGUGGGACAAACCGACGAAACGUGUCCCAUUUACUGCUGAACCAGAAAUUCCAGAAAUUUUGACUAAAUGGAAAGCGCCCCAUGAUGCAUGUAUGGCAAUGGCGCUGGCUUUAAUGGUGGCCUGUCAAACUAAUGAAGUAACAUGACACUUUAUUAUUUAUUGGAUCACUAAAAAUUAAUGUUAAAUGACUAAAUAACAAAAAAUGAUGUUGUUAGAUGUUUCAUCUGGUUGCUGUAUGUUCUCAUCAGUUCUACUGACUAUUCUCCCUAAGCCACUUCAUAAUAAUGAUACUAUCCCAAAAUAAAUGUGUACUCUCUUAGGAAACUGGGCAAUUUGGUUUGAAUAAAACUCUUACCCUUCAUCCCCCAGCUUAAAUAAGACAAUUAUUUUGAACUUUGUGUGAAAUUUUUACCUGAUGAAUGUACGUUUUUUUUUCAUUGUAUUUUCUUAUUAAAUAUAGUCUCAAGUACAUAUGUUUUUUUUUUCUCACUUCUUUGUAAGAUCUAUUUCAAACUGAUAACAAUUAAUUUUUGGAACAUUUCAGACUCUGAACAUGCAGAAGAGGCUAAGCAUAAAAAACUAGACAACACAAAGCCACCCGAACCAAGCACACCCAAUUAUGCGGCAGGGCUGACACCUGUCACUCAACCAUCAAAGGUAUAACAUUUUAAUUUUUAGUUAUAUAAUAGUUACUUUAGCCUGUGUAUAGUGGUAUUGAGACCAACUACAAGUCACAUCAGCUUUUCUUUUCAAUUUUUGACAAGAAGCAUGGAGCCCCUUAACCUGUGGAGUGAGGGAAGGGGGUGGGGGAGAGAGACUCUCCUGCACCCCCAUGGGUUAGGGGGCUUGGAUGGCUGACAUUUUAGAAUAUGAAGGAACAAGCUUGUUUAAAAACUGAUAGAUGGUUAUAUUAUUAAAGACGUUUUUACCUUGACAAAUCCUGCUUCAAAAGUUCGUCAUGAAUGAUAAUCCACACCAACUUCCAUGUUGCUUAUUUUUUAUUCCUUAAAAAAGACUUGUUGGGUAGUUAACAUUGUUGAUUCUUUUGUCUCUGUAACUAAAAGACACCUUCAAGUCCAGAGGUACCAUCAGCAAGCAUGGCCCCACCAUCAUCAACACCAUCCUAUGUGCCGCAGCAGGCAGCAUCAAGCACAUCACUGUCUCCACCAUCAGACACACUCAGUGAAAGUACUAUUAACCUCAAGAGAGAGUUAGAAGUAAGACAUCUCUCCUUUCUCUUCCAUUUUUAUUUAUUUUAUUUUUUAUUUUUUGCUAUUAAAUUACCACAUAAUUUUUCCAUCAAGGAAAAUUAACAAUGUGGCUCUGGCAAAAAGUCCUAUUGACCUAUCCUGGAUUGGCUUAAAAGUCCUAUUGACCUGUCCUGGAUUGGCUUAAAAGUUACUUGAAGGAAAGACAGCAAUACACAGCUGUUAAUGGAUCAACUUCAGAGAUGAUACCGAUCUCUUUUGGAAUUCCUCAAGGGUCUGUCUUGGGGCCGACACUUUUCACUCUCUUCACGAACGAUCUUCCGUCCUCAUUAUCUUCCCGAUCCGUCUAUAUGUUUGCCGACGACACAACGGUUUACUGCAUAAGUGACACGGCAGAAAAAAGUAUUGCCAAGUUAAAUUCUGCACUUCGUGAAUUAAACGAGUGGUGCCUCAUAAACAGAUUAACACCCCACCCAAGUAAAAGUGAGGCCAUGCUAAUCUCUAGAAGAAAUUCCUCGGUUAACAUUCCCCCGAUCUUUAUCGGAAAUUCUACGAUUGAAUGGGUAUCGAAAUCACGGUUACUGGGAAUGACCGUCGAUGAGAAACUGACCUGGACUCAACAUAUGCUGGAACUCAAAAAAUCAUUUGCUAAAAAACUAGGAUUACUUAAGAAGUCGAGAUUUCUCCCUAGAAACGUUCGUCAGGACCUCUAUUUUAAGGUCAUCUUGCCUUCAGUGACCUAUGGUCUUAUACUAUGGGGAUCUUGCUGCAAUUCCGACUUAUUUCAGUCCCUGGAAAGACUUCACUGCAGGGCUGCGAGACUUAUCUUUCAUUUGCCGAAAGACAUGGCAUCUGCUGAUGUCCUACAACGGGCCCAAUGGCCGACUCUGUCUAUUUAUUAUAAAUUAGCCAUUUUUAUCUGUCUUCAUAAAGCUUUCCAUGAUAGGUUACCUGUCACAUUAAUCGACCUGAUUUCUAAGAAACGGGCCACAAACUAUUCAACCCGGACUUGCGCUUCUUUAAUUGUUCCACGCUUCAACACGCGUUACAUGAAAGACUCUGUCGCGUUUAGAGGCUCAGUCCUGUGGAAUGCAGUGACCAACAACUGUAGUGCCCUGACAAAAAAACAUUCCUUAUCGUGAUCUCAGGCUAAAGCUUAAAUCUCAAGCUAAUUUUAAUGAAUUCAGCUUUAAGAUAACGUCUGCAUCCGCUUGCAAUUUUAGAAAAGAUGACUUUGUAUAUACUUAAAUUUAUGCUCAUAAUUUCAUAUUUGUAAGCGUUAAUUUAGUUCAUACGUUUUGUCUGUAUAUACCCGUAGUUUUUAGUUUUUUUAGUUUACUUGUAAUUAGUUAAUUGCAAACGACCCCACAAGCUCAUGUAGCUUUAAUACUCAUCGUUUUAAAAUAAAGGCUAUCUAUCUAUCUAUGUAUUGACCCCUUCAAGGAUCUGUGGAAAUUCUGAGGGGAGGGGGUGUUAAAUACAAAAAAAAAAAUGAGAAAGAAAGUAUGAAACUAAACUGGAGUUUUCAGAGGGGGGGAGGGUGGGUUCAACCUUAUAACCCCAUCAUGAGUGGGGGAGUAUGGAUUGGAUAUUUCAACACAAUCCCAGAGAAAACUGCUAGGGAUCUCAAAGGUUUUUAUGUAAAUUAAUUCCCAAAAGCACAGAGCAAACUGGCAAAAAACCAGUGACAAGCCAGUUUUUCAAGGUUUUUCUGCCGUAAUAGCCAUGUGCUGAAAUUCAGUAACUUUUGGAGUACUCUCAAAUAGCAUUGAGAAAAAUCGUAGUCAUUUUUGCUCGGAGAAAAUCCAAAAUAAUGUAAUGAUAUGGCUUCAUGUGGGUAUUAAAUAAAUUAUACCGUUGAGUGAAAGUUGAAAAUAGGGGGUGAGGGUAGUGUUUUUGUAUCCUUCAAGACUCAGGGGCAGUUAAUUGCAGAAGCAUUUCAAUUCCUAUUAAUUUUUGUGAAAGACCAGCAAAUGUAUUAGAUCAAAUAGUUCAAAAGCUAAGUUCUGAAGCUGGUUUGGUUACGAGUAAGUGGUUUUUAGGCUCACCAUUAAUUCAUCUUGUAUACUUUGUAACUACAAUGUUACUUGCUCUUUAUAAAUAUCCCAUCCGUAAUAUUUGCCCCCUUGGUCUCCAAGGAUUGUGCGUGUCAUGUUUGAUGAAACAAUUUUUAAAAUUGAAAUAUGUAUGUUGAUGUCAAAGGUGGUCUCUCUUUGCUACUAAAGCUUUGUUAUCCCAUACACCCAAACACUUGUGCUUGAUUAUUAUACUUAUCCUCAUCAUUGUCAUCAUAAUAAUUUCUCUCUUGUUAUCAUUGUCGUCAUUGCCGUCAUCAUCAUCAUCAUCAUCAUCAUCAUCAUCAUCAUCAUCAUCAUCAUCAUCAUUAUCAUCAUCAUCGUCGUCGUCGUCAUUGCUACCGUCAUCGUUGGUAUUAAUAUUAUUAUCAUCAUUAUUAUUAGAUGCAUGUGGAACAUCAGCGACAGUUGAUGAUGAGAGAAAAACAACAGAAACAGGCUGCAGCUGCAGCAUUAGCAGCUACCUCCUCGACUUCAACAACACCAUCCGCUGCAGAUUCUACAAGAACACCAUCUGCAGCUUCUCCUGGUGUCCCUGGCAACAGUCAACAGCAACAGGGGAGCAAACGACAGCUUACCCUUACUGUGAGUAUACUUUCCUUAAGCCUUUCACUAACAAUGGCUAAAGAUAAUGUUACCCCUAAAAAUCAAAUCUCUCAAAAAGUUUGAUCUUACGCUCAAACUUUUGAAUUAUUACUUGACUGAUUUUUAGACCGAAUUAACGAAUGUCACAAUCGAGGCACGUUUGGGCUUCAAACCAAGAUUUAAUUACCAAAUAGAGUUCUUGCUCCUCAUGGGAGGGAUUGAGGAUAACAACAGAACGGCAGCGAAAUCGCUUGCGUUUGGCUAAACAGACUAAGUAAGCGCGUGGGGAUGUGAACAUGAUAGCCGUCAUAAUCAAAGCCAAUAAUGAACCUAGAUUCGUUUGAAUGGUUGCAUCGAAGGAUAAAAACGUCAUAUAACUUUGUCUCAUCUCACAGUGUUUCUUCUCCGUUCUCACUAACAAACAAAAUGAUUUUGUUACAGUACCCCUGCGGCGUCCCUAACGCAUUAAAAUCCCCCAAAUAAUUCAACUUACGCGUCCUGUAGGACGCAAAUAUUGUUUGAGCGACCUGAAGAUGAUCUUGAUUGAUUUUUGGAUUAGGAUUCACUGAUUCUGGUUUGGGACUCAUGAAUCCCGGGACUCACCGCAGCAAAUUGUAACAAAAUCACUGCAAACCAGGUUUGUUUGUGUGAGUGGACAGGGAAAAGCGUUUUCUUCAUUUUCCUUUCUUUUUCAGAGAGACCAAAUGUUGGCUGCUCAUGAAAUGUUUAAGAAUGCAAACCGUGUGAGUCGAGCAGAAAAGGCUCUUAUUUUGGGAUUCAUGGCUGGUGCACGAGGUACGUUAUCAGUGUGUACAUCUUUGGUGUUGUGUGGUGAACAGCAGAGAUAUAUACGAAGUGUAAAAUUGCACUGCACAAAAACAUUUUGCGUUUUUCUUCUUUCUUGCUUUUUCGUUUUCGCAGUGGUACCUUCAUGCAGGCGUUCAGAUAAUGGAGUACGGCACGAAGUCAGAGAGCGAAGAAAAAAAAAGGAGGGAGGGAGAAAUAUAUAGGAGGGAACCUUCCCUCUCACCCCCUACCCCACCUCCCUCGCUGUUUUUUGGAACAGGUUAUUACAGUGGUUGCUUUAACCUCUUUGGCUGGUUAUGUGAUAUUUUUGGGGGGUUUCAGUAACUUAAUACUAGAGAGCUUUAGAUUCUGAGACGAGAACGACUACAAGUACGAGAAUUUCAACGUCAUUUCGGCGCAAAAACGUGUUAGCCGUCGUCAUUCAACUACAAGAAUGUCGUAGUGGCGGUAACAAGUUAUCAAAUUUGAGAAGUUUAAUCAUUUUGCGACCCGGAAAGGGCUAAAGCUUCUGCAAUAAAAAUAAUCCCGCUAAUUUUUCAGGUGAAAAAUAGUAGAAUGAAGCUCUCCGGGUUGAAUAUUUUUCGAGAACGUGAAAAAACUUUAAGUUAAAUCUCGUACUCGUUUCCUCGUUGUCCUCAAAUCUAAAGCUCUCUACUUUUGUUUACUCCUUACAGAAAAACCGUACGCGCAUCAAGGACCCAUUAUUACUAUUAAGCUGAGUGAAAACACCGAGAACGUCACAGCAUCGGAUGGAUCACAGCAGACCCAGCUUGUAGAAAUGUUAUUUGAAAUGAACUAUGACACAGGACACUGGCGGCGGCUAAAACGCACCAGGGUGGUGUCAAAACAAGGAGCACCGGGUGGGGGACCAUCGCAGAAAAACUGAAUCACAGGAUACCCAGGCUUACAAAUGUCAAAGCAUACGCAGCUUGUAAAAAAUAUAUCGGAAAUGAACUGUGACAUUGCUCACUAGAGUUGGUAUCUAAACAAGGAGCGCCGGAACCACUGCAGGAAAACUGAUCGUAACAUACCCACAGUUUUAAAGGUCACAGUAGACCCAGCUUGUAGAAUUGUUGUUUAAAAUGGACUAUAACGCCCUGGGCAGUAAGGAACAUUGAAAUCUACCGG